AUGAAUAGGUUUGAUGGACCACCACGUCUCAUGCUAGUCGCUGAUCUUGAUUGCACAUUGGUGGAUCAUGAUGAUCCUGAAAACACCGAUUUACUUAGAUUCAAUGCUCUUUGGGAAGCUCACUUUCGCCAUGAUUCAUUGCUUGUUUACUCUACUGGAAGGUCUUUGCGUUCUUACUUGAAUCUAAGGAAGAAAAAGCCAUUGUUGACUCCGGACAUCGCUAUAACUUCUGUUGGUUCUGAGAUUGUUUACGGUGGUGAAUCCAUGGUGUCUGAUGAUGUUUGGGAAGCUCGUCUGAAUCACAUGUGGAACAGAGACAUUGUUGUUGAAGAAACUAAUAGAUUUCCUCAACUUGAGCCACAGCCAGAGAAGAGCCAAGAGCAGCACAAAGUGAGUUUUUUCGUUGGAAGAGAACACGCUAUCGAAAUAAUGAAGGUUCUUCCCGGGCGAUUAAUGGAUCGUGGGGUGGAUGUGAAGCUGGUUUAUAGCAACGACUAUGCUUUCGAUAUAUUACCAAGAGGAGCUGGCAAAGGAGGAGCUUUGACAUAUCUAAUUGACAAGUUAGAGAGUGAAGGCAAGCAGCCUUCUAACACACUUGUUUGUGGUGACUCUGGAAACGACGCUGAGCUCUUCGACGUUCCUCAAGUAUAUGGCGUAAUGGUUAGCAAUUCGCACGAAGGAUUAUUGAAAUGGCAUGAAGAAAAUGCAAAGGACAACCCAAAUAUAAUUCUUGCGUCUGAGAGAUGUGCAGCUGGGAUGAUUGAAGCCUUGCAAAGGUUUAAUUUGGGACCAAGUACCUCUCCAAGAGAUGUUUUCGAUACUGAAAUUUUCCACGCGGAAAGUUUGAACAUUGCUCAUGAGGUUGUUCAGUUUUACUUGUUUUAUGAGAGAUGGAUAUGUGGAGAGGUGGAGAAGUCUGACAAGUAUUUGCAGAAUUUGAAAUCGCUCUCUAGUCCACUUGGUGUUUUUGUUCAUCCGUCCGGAGAGGAGAAACUGAUACAUGAAUGGAUAGAUGAGAUGGAAAGUUUACAUGGGGAUGCGAAGGAAAAGCAGUUUCGCAUUUGGUUGGAUAGAGUUUCGACUUCUCAUAUCACCUCAGAUUCAUGGCUUGCAAGAUUUGACAAACAUGAGUUAUCUGAGGGAAAAGUAAGGUCUUGUUCAACAAAAGUCUUACUGACUUAUGAGAAAAAUGUGUUAAAAUGUGGAGGAGGAAAAGCAAAUGCUGAUGUGGAUGCACAUCCACCAAUCAUGGUUAGAUGA